UGUUUACUAUUUCUGUUUGCUAAUAUUAUUUUAUGAAUAUGUAUGUUUAUGUAUGUGUAUAUGUUUCUAUUUAAAAAGGAUUUAAGUAUAAUUUUGCAGUAAAAAAAAAUUAAUGUGAAUGGAAUAAAAUGCAGAAUGUUAAGAAUGAUAUUUAAAUUCUGAAGUUGAAAAAACCACAAAAAACAAAAGAAAAUAACUUGUUUACAGAAAUAAAAGGAACACAUAGAAAAUAAUAACAAUAUGACAGGAGUUGAAACAAAAAUAUUUCUAUCGGCAGAGAUAAUGUCAUUUCUUAAAACAAUACUAAAUGACAGUAACGCCGCUACUGCUCUCAAAGCAAAAGUUAGAGUUGCGUUAUCGCAGCCGAACACGGAAAAACAAUCAAUCCCAUAUGAUGUUCUCACAGAAGCUCAUCAGUUCUAUAGUACAUUUAAAUGCCUAAGCACGAAUGCUAACUUUAUCGAUUUGCAUAAAUUAGUAAAAACAUCAAAAAUUUUUGUUGAAAAUAUUCCCGAACCUGUUCGAUCGCCAGAAUUGAUAGAUCGAUUGGAGCGACUUACCCGAGAGCAAAAUCAACGCGAAUAUGAUAAAAUGGUUAAAAACGUUAGAACUAAAACAGAAAAUUUCAGUCAAGAAUUAGGCCUUGCGAUUCGGACCACUGGUCAGCAAGUGAUGAGCAUUGUGAACUUUCUUUUAUCCGUGAUUGCGACAUUUGCAUUUGCCUAUUUUUCAUCUCAAUUUGCAUUUUCUGGUGAUUUAGGCAUGCGAAUUAUUUUUUCUGUUAUUGUGGCGACUAUAGUGGCUCUGGCUGAGCUUUAUUUUAUGGCGAAAGUUGAAAUUUGAUUUUUUUUUUUUUUUUUUUUAUUCCGCAAUAAAAAGUUGUUUUUCCAUGACGGAAACUUAAAAAUGUAUAAUAUUAAAUGUAUGAUCUAAUAUAUUUUUGUAUUUACUGAACAUAUGCAGUAAUGGUUUACAUGUUAUAAUUGCAUAUAAAAAAAAUAUUUUUAGUUUCUUUUUGAUUAUUGACUAACGUCAAAGCUGGCAUUGCUUAAUGACUUAUAGUCUUUUAUUUACCUUUUUUAAAAUUCCGGUAAUGUGUUACUUAAUAUUAACUUUACCUUUUUUAAUUUCUGGUAACGUAUUUUUAUUUGUUUAACGUAUUGUUAUGUAUUUUAAUUUCUAAUAAUGUGUUUAUUAACUUAUGUCUGCAAAUUAAUUUAUGUUUUCGUUAUGUUUAUUUUGUAUAUAUUUUGAUAAAAUAGUAACAGUAUUUUUCAGAAAACA